CCUCCGUACAGAUAUAUCAAUACAAAAUCCAAAUGAUAUCUCUCACCAGAUUCCCACCCUCCCUUUCUAGAACACCAAAUAGCACGACGAAGACGUCUCUUAUAUCCGCAAUCGGUUCCACUCGAUUUUGGUAAUGCCGCCCAUAAAUGUCGAGCGGCGGACUCACUCCCCAGCCGCUGCAGCCAGAGCACGGCCUCAACUGGGUGUUCCUGGUUGAGCUGUUGGUGUGCGGCAUUCUCUCCAUAUUCUUUCUCUUCUACUUCAACCGGCUGUUCGCGACCCUAGUCUCUUAUGGAAUUCGAGCAUACACAUGGCAUCGAUUCCGCGCCUACAUCGAUAUCCAAUCGCUGCAAAUAUCUCUGCUGGGAGGCCGCGUGUUCUUCAAAAACAUUCGCUACCACGCCCACAACGAAACGAUCCUGAUCCAUUCGGGCUUUAUUACGUGGAACUACUGGUAUAGGAAAGUCCAAGAUGCCGCCGUGUUUGAGGAGCAGUCGUCACCUGGCGGCACCGACGGCCACUCGACUCCAGGUCGACCGUCCAGGAGCCCGGAUGUUGACCGUAUGGAAACGGGCGGCGUCACAUCGAGCAAGAAACCGUCCGUGAGGAUCACCAUUCAGAUAUCUGGCCUGGAGGCUUUCAUCUACAAUCGAAGUCCCGGAUACGACGUGGUCGUGGAAAACUACCUGCGCUCCGUCAAUCUCAGCAGUCCAACGCGGGAAGGAUCCGAUGACCAGGCGUAUUCCACCGGAUUCGCUCAUGGAGAUCGGAUGAGGAACGUGCUGCAAAAAAACCGCCCUCAGCAAGAAGAGGAGGACCCCACGUCGCCUGCCUCCUCCAACGAGAAGCCCAGGCUUCCUCCAGCGGAGAAACCUUCGCUGCCAGCCUUCAUUCGGCUUUUCCCCAUCUAUAUCGACUGCAGCAAGGGAGCAGCAGUCCUCGGAAACGAGAACACCCCCCAGGUCGUUACGUUAAAGUUUGACCGUGGCUCGGGAACCAUUGACGCCGGUAGUUCAGGCCCCCUGGACAUAUACCGGCAAUUGUUCAAAUUCAACGUCGACCGCCCUGUCGUUCAAAUGCGACCGAAUACCGACUUCAAAAGCCUUCAGCUGGCCAUGGCCGCCACAGUAAAACAAGCCGAAGCUGAACCGGCCGUGGUGGCUCAGGACCCCCAUCGUCGGACCUGGAUACCCGAGUCUCUUCGGAGGAUGUCGACGGGUCGCCGGCAGUGGUUGCCCUUCCUGAACCGAUCCACCAGUUCCGUGGUGGAUACUGACAAGAAUCCUUCUUAUCCACAUCCUUCCAAGCUUUCCGUUCCGGGUCAUGAUCGAUGGCAGGGGCUCACACGGUACCUGGAAGACAUCGGAGAAAAUGAGCAUGACGAGUGGGAAAGCGUAGAGUACGCUAAGGCCAGUACGCUUGCCGACUGCCCUCGCAUCACAUUCUGCUUCUUUUGGGAUGUACCUGGUCCCGUACCCCUGGAGGACAUGGUCGAGAGCACAACUAUUGCACCUCCGGGAUACGGAAUGGAAAUCGGCAUUCACGGCGGAACCCUCAGUUACGGGCCUUGGAGUGACCGACAGCGCGUCAUCUUUCAGAACCUCUUUUUUCCCCAGUCGUUUGUCGAUGCCCCGCCACCUCCGAAUCUAAGGCCCGGAGACACUCGCAUCUACCCGGACUUCAGCUUACUGCUCACCAUCGAUGAAGAGACGACGCUUCGGAUUCCCAUGCGUGAACCUUCUAAAGAUUGGAAAUGGAAGGGUCGUUCGACAACAUCUUCCCGCCACAAACCGGCUGGGACCAACAAAGAGGGACAUUGGAAUCGCAAAUGGUCAACCAAACGGAAGCCCGAGAAAGGGAGUGGUGGGUCGGGUCCCCGGCCAUACGCUUGGCUGGACAUAAAGGUAUUCAAGGAGACGAGUGUCCGGUACAAGAUGGACAUGUACCCCGGAGAGUCCGGCUACUCGAAUGACCUGCGAGUGGACAUCGCUCGAUGCGAGGCCUACUCAAGUGUCAACCAUGGCCUGCUGUUGCGGACCGGCAAGCUCACCAUGGACGCCGACCUCUCAAAUCCGGCGGUAUGGAAUGCCCUCAGAGUAUGGAAGUUUCGAAUCAUCGCCGAACAACUGGACCUUUUCAUCUUGCGAGAUCAUUUUUUCCUCAUCAUCGACCUCUCCUCGGACUGGUCAUCCGGUCCACCUGGCGAAUACCACACGUUUGUUCCGUACCAGUAUCACAUCGCGCUCGACUUCCGGAACCCCAAGCUAUAUUUGAAUUCGAAUGAAGCCAACAUCAUCAAUAGCCCCUCCGAUUUUGAGGACAAUGAUUUCGUGAUCCUCGGCGGAACCAGCCUAACCGCCGAUCUCAUGAUCCCGUUGGACAGGUUCCUCCCUGUCAACAACGAGAUCACCUUCGAUGUCAUCGGCCAAGGCUUUAGCCUGGAGAUGUGUCUUCCGCCUAGGAACACCAUCCACAGCUUCUUGAAAGAUCCAGUGACCGCGCAACUCGAACACUUUUCUCUCGUAGGAAGCCAUUGCUAUUGGGCAGCGUCCUCCCCGACCGAGACUGAUCGAUUGACCAUGGAUGUCAAGGGUGACAAGUUCGGGCUGUACCUCUACGGUUUCCUUGCACGGCACCUGGUUAAGAUCAAAGAUAAUUAUUUCGGCGACUUUCUCCAUUUUCGGACCUUGGAAGAAUUCCAGUCUCGCCCGGAUCGAGAGGCCGUGGCCCACGAGGUGGAUCCCGAACUCCAGCCGGUGCGUGGAUCUGACUUGGACGUGGUUCUCAGCAUCUCGGUGCAUGACGCCAGCGUGGUCCUCCCGAAGCAUCUAUACGAUGCCGAGGCAGGGAUCGUGAUUGACAUGGAAUUUGCCAAUGUCGAUUUGAGAUUCACAAAUUACUACAUGGAUCUUGCAGCAGAUUUCAGUCCCUUGAACUUUGGCUCCGGGUCGUCGAUAUCCGAACCCGGGGCAGCCGGUCCGACAGAAAUCUUCUUGGACUUCACGAGCUUGGCCGGCCAUCGCCUCUUUGGACUCCCCAAUGCGGAGCCGACGUACGACUGCAUUUGGGAUCUUCGCAUCGGUCAAGUGGUUGGCGAAAUCUCUUCCCUUUUCCUGAACAACCUCGUCCAUGGGGCGCAAGCGUUCGCCUUUAGCUUCGAGGAUGAAGAGAAUAGCUCGCCCAUGGCAGACCCCUUCCUUGUGAACGACGUCACAUUCCUCCGGGUCCGUACGGAGCUUGUUCGACUCUGGCUUCGGCUGGAUCCUGAUGCAAUCAUGGUCGAAAUCGGACCGGCCAAUAUUGAACUCAACGAUCUUUGUGACUUGCUAUUUUCUCAGCGAGUUUCCAUCCAAAUGCCGUCGUUAACGCUUUCAUGUGUCGACACGAGCCAUCUGCAUCGCCAUCGGAGCCAAGUUGACCACGGUGACCAACCAAAGACCUACGCGUAUCUUCACACCGGCCUAUCCGUGAACGUCAUGCAACGCAGUUUGAACUUCCCCGAGAAGCGUGCUGCGCAACAACAUCACUUGCGUCAGCACGAUUGCCGGACAAAUCGGGUACCCUUUUUAAUCUCACCGGAUCCUCUGCACAUUGAGGACUCCGAGGACAACUUAAGGUCGAAGAUCGAUGACCCAGCAAGCUCCUUCCCACUUGUACCAUCGCCAAUGCACCAUGAUCUCGGGGACUUUGACAGCAUCAUGACCAGCACAAUGCCCGGAAAUUCGGGCAGCAGGUCACGGCAUGAGCAGUGGCAAAGUUCGUCAUCAUCGGGUGCUUCGAUUGCAUCCUCCAUCAGGCGACACGGCAAUCGGGCUACGGGAACCCCGAUGAAUACUCCCCGAUCCAAUCACGCUCAUGACCAUAUCACACCGACAGUGGACUCUGUGGGCGCAACCUCUUCGCGGAGAAUCAGCGACAUGAACGCAUCGACGAAAACAGACGGGACGACACCAUCACUGGCGUUUUCUACUCCGUUGGCGGCCCCGAGAUUUCCACUGGAGAGCUUUGUCGACGAGACUUUUGACAUUCCCACCUUCCGGCUGCACCGCGAGCCCCCAUCCGCGGACGACGACGAUAUUGGUGCCGAAUUUAAUGAUGUCAUCAACCGGCGACAGGACGAUGCCUUGGUCUCAACAACGGUCAUGGUGACACUCAAUCCCGGAGUGCAGGCUGUUUUCACGACAAGAGGAUUCAACGCCAUCCUUCGGGUCAUAGACAUCAUCCAGUGUCAAGAUGCUGAGACACUCUUGGAUUCAUGGCAGAUUCGGACCAUGUCUCGAAUCAUCACCAAACGCGACCUCCCCUCGCGACCCUCGUCAUCGUUAGACAUUGGUUUAACUAUUCCAGACGGUGCUGUUCGUUUUACCAAUAGGAGAACGCUGGAAAACAUGUCUGGACUGGAAAUCGCGCGGGACGAUAUUGAACUGCAACUUUCGAAUUUAUCCGUCCGCGCUCGAACCAAACACGUUUCCGGGUCUUCGAGCUCCCAAGAUCAUUUCCUCUUGCAUGCAUCGUUGAAGCGUGCCGAUGUUGCGACAACCACUGUAUCCGCAUCCCGUUCGUCCCAGCUCUGCCUGUUCCAAUGCGAGGAUAUUCUCACCUGGCUUACGUCAACCUCAUCAUUGAAUGCGACUUUAUCUGUUCGCAAAGUGGGGUUGGACAUGCAGAGCGUCCAUUUUACAACCUUCUUCCUUGCCAUGGAAGGAAUUUUGGAACUCGCAGAUGCGUUCAGCAAUCAGAUCAAGUCCAUAACUUUGGAGGAACCUCGCCGUCUGGUGGACCUGGUGCACCAUCUCGUCUUAGCUGGAGGAAGUUCCACCGACCCCGUCUUCAUGACCAGGCCAAGCUACAUGCUACGCGCUAUUACCGAUCAUCUGCGUAAUCACGAUUCUUGGAAGAUAAUCUCCCGCUUCCGCCACAUGUAUAGGACGUCAUCCAUCGUCUCCUAUGAUUCGAAGUCAUUUGAAGAAACACCAACCAGUUCUCUCCUGAGCGACAUCGUAGCAUGGGACCAGUGGAGGACUUGGGAGUUGCCUUCAGUGGAAAAGAGCGUCGCAAUGGAGCCACUGCAUGCUCCGCAGAGUUCCGCCCCCGAUACAUCCGCUCCCCUGGCGAUGACACUCUCUUUCCGUUGCGGGUUGCUCAACGUCUCGGUUGAUUCUGGAGUCGAUCAAAGCGCUGUUAUUCUACAUAACUUCAGUCUUGCUUUUAGUCACACACCACAACUAUCCCCAUCCGGACUCCUUGUCUCAAGCUUGCCGGAACAAUCCAGAGUUAUUCAGAUUGGCGCGGAAUUACUUGCCAUUCAAUUCCAAUGGAUGCUUCUGGAGGGUGUCCAGUCGCUUCUUGAGAAUAGCAAAGGAUGGACUCGAAUGAAUGCCGCGAGCAAACAACCUCAGCCGCGUGGAUCUUCACCUGCGAAAGGCUCGCGUCGCCUUCAGCUUGUCGCAGUCAUCGAUUCCACGGACCUCAGUUUGAAAAGUCGGCAUCUGCGUUUGGGGAACGCGAUGGAUAAUCUCUCAUGCUCGUUGAUCCUGGCACAGGAGUCCGAGGAGAGCAAAUCCGAUAUGAGCAACGUCGUUCUCCACGCUAGCAACGCCCUCUGUGCGGUGGUGUCGUCCCAGCGGAAGUUGAUAACCCUUGCUCUAUCUCUGCCAACUUUCGCAGCUGCCCUUAGCAAGCCAAAUGACAGUGGGAACGCGAAGCAGUGGACCGUUCAGGGACAAAGCGAAUUGGUCGACCUGAAUAUCGAGGAACACGUCCCGGGUUUAUUGGAACUGGCCGAUGACGUCCUUCGCAACGAGGCGGUUGACAUUAUGAAGUUCACAAACUCGGCAGCACCGCAUGCCGAGCAUACGAUUGCUUCAGCGGCCCCGAAAGUGAGAAGAGAACUCCCUAGCCUUCAGCUUUCGUUGUCACUGCAAUCCUAUCGAGUACAUAUCCGGCUGCUUCCAUCAGUGGCUUAUAGCUUUUCCGGCUCCACUGCCCAGCUCUGGGUGCAACCGACACUAGACCUAGUUCGAACGCUCAACAUCCACAUCGAUGUCGGUCGGCACUUUCACGAGCUGGACUCCUUUGGCCCCGACAGUUCCCUCGCGAUUUCGAAAUUCACAAUGCCCCAGAUUAAUGCCCGACUCAGCAUUGAACAACUCCACAACCAGAUCUUCCUGCGGGCGAACGUGAUCAGUGAGAAACUGGUGCUGGAUGCCUCGGCGUUGCAUGGUGUGCUCCUGACCAUCCAAAAGCCCGAAGUCUCGCGCACGAUACAGGCAGCGCAAGAAGACGUGCGUGCCAUCCAAGGGCACCUUGCAGCGUUGCGCCCUGCCCCUUCCGGUGCUCGGAUGCGAACGGUCGACCCGCUUGGGUUUGAUUGUCAAUUAUGGUUGCAAGGUCUACUGAUUAAAACAGUGGCCCCGAGCUCAGGCGACCUAGCUCCGGAGGCCCAUUUGAUGUUCGGUCUUGGUGCAGUGCUCCUCGAUAUCCGAGAUGGGAAGCGUCUCCAAGCGCAGCCAGCCGCCUUUCCCGAUCUCCAUUUCCAGGUUCAUAAAAUAUUCGCCGACCUCGUAUUAAAGAAAGAUGAACGGACCACCCCCGUGGGAAACGCGGUCCUGGCAUGCGAUAUCCGCUCGACGCAACGAAACGGGUCUGAACAAGGCCGCAUCUACCACCUUCGAAGCGAUCGGGUCGAUGUUAAUAUAUCCGCAGAAACGGCGUCCACGGUGGCCGAUGUCCUGAACCAUCUUCAAGAACGUCUGCGAGAUAUUGACCUUUCUCGUGAAAAAGAGUACCUCCGACGAUUCAGGCACCGAAAGAUGGCCGAUUCGUCGACGGCGCUUGACCAGGGCAACGGAGAAACUCCGGCCGACCCGCUCUCAUCUACUGGAAUCUUCACGUCACCGUUCAACGUGCUCGUUCGCCACGUCCAAAUUGCUUGGAUUGUGCAGUCUGAGGCUAAGCGUGCUGCUCCUCAGGAUGAUGAUUUGAUAUUGUCCAUCCAGCUAAUCGAGCUUUCGAGUCGCUCCCGUAGCGGGGCGAGGCUUGCAAUCAACGACUUGCAGGUCCAGCUUGUCCCCCAAUCUCAAGUGGAUCGCACUCAGAGAUCACGAAACUCGGCUCUUCUACCGGAAAUGGUGUUCAACGUCUUCUAUUCGUCCUCGGAACAGGACUGGCGGCUGAGUUUUCAAGCAGCCGGCAAGUCCCUCGAUUUGCGUCUCGACUCAAAGUUCAUACAUCCUCUCAAUACCGUGCAACAAUCUAUAAAGCUCGCUAUGCAGAGGUUCCGAUCUGCCGCCGAGAAUUGGACGGACAGUACUCCAACUGGUACUGUCCAAAGAACAAGUAUCUUCAAGACAAAGAAACUUUCCAGCCUAGUUGUGGACGCCGACUUUUCCGGAGCGGUCGUGCAUUUGACCGGAGGUGCUUCAACCUCCAUUAAAUCCCAUGUCCCCGCGUUUCCUCCAUCCACAGGCAACGGUCUCAAUACAACCACAGUUUUGCGGUCGCCCGGCAUGGCCUUGAAAGUGGAGUUCAAAGACGACAAUGCGAGCUCUACUUUGGACGGAGAGUUGAAAAUAUCCGCGUCUUCCAACAUUGUCUAUCCAGCCCUAGUUCCGCUUGUGCGAGAAAUCUCGGAUACCGUCAAAGACAUUGUAUGGAACAGCGAAUCCAAGGAUACGAACAUGACCGGAUCGAGGUUCCUCGAGGACGAAAACUUAUUGAAGGCGGAUCCGACAACGCUACUUGGGCGGACGAAACUCAAUUUUGGCAUCCGAAUUUGCCAACAGGACUUCGCCUUGAACUGCCACCCGUUCGCCCGAGUGCUGGCGGUUGCUUCGUUCGAUCAGAUCUACGUUCUAACAAGCAGCAUCACAUCUCCUGAGUACGGGGACUUCUUUUGCGUGACCGCCAAGGCGGAAAAUCUCGAGGUUUCAGUGAGGCACCAGUAUUCAAGAGAUUCGACGUUCAAGUUCAAUAUUGAAUCCGCGACUCUCUCGCUGAUGAAUAGUAAAUAUCUUAGCGGCGUGGCCGGCAUUUCCGCCAUCCUCAAGGUCAACCCGAUUAAAACGCAGGUCAAUGCACGACAAUUGCAAGACUUUCUGAUCUUCCGGGACAUCUGGCUUCCCUCCGAUUCUGCGAAGGCAUCGACACCGAACGUUGACGAGGCGAACGAGCAAGUCGAGUAUCUUGUUCAGCGCUAUCAACAGGUCACCGCAGCUACAGCGUUUCCUUGGAACGCGACGGUAGCGAUCGAAGCGAUUGCGGCAGAUGUGGAUCUCGGCCAGGGGAUUGGCAAAAGCACGCUUUCUGUUGCCAACUUGUGGGCAUCAUCCCGAAAGCGAUCCAACUGGCAGCAAGAAUUGUGCAUCGCCUUCGAAACGGUGGCGGUGACUGGCAGUGGGAGGACGAGCGGGUUCGUGCGUCUCAACGACCUACGGCUUCAAACGUCGAUCUCGUGGCCGUUGCAGGAAGGGCGAGUCCGACGGCAAACGCCGCUCAUCCAUGCCUCCCUCGGCUUUGACCGACUCCAAGCAAAAGCUGCGUUCGAUUAUCAGGUAUUUGCUAUUGCAGAUAUCAGAGCGUUCGAGUUCAUUAUGUACAAUACUCGGGACCCAAAACUCGGGGCGGCCGAUCGGCUCAUUGCGAUUCUGGACGGAGCCGAAGUCUUUGCAUUUUGCACAUCCACCACCGCAGCGCAAGCCAUCGCUUUUAGCCAGGCCGUAGAGCGUCUGGUGCAAGACAAUCAGGCAGCAUAUGCGCAAACCGUCAAGGAGCUGGAGAGAAGCAUUCAGCGCAGGAGGUCAUCAUCGGCACGACAGGCGCAAGCGUCUCUACAAGCGUCGCAAACCCCGAAUCCGGAAAAAUCACAUGCCUUCAUAUCGCUUCAUACGGACGUCGUUGUGACCCUACGGACCCUGUGUCUUGGCGUCUUCCCAGCCAAUUUUUCGGACCCGCAAUUGUUCUUGCUAGAGGCGUCGGAUACACAGGCUCGUUUCGCCGUGCUGCUGGAGGAUGACUCUCAAGUGCACAGCGGACUGGGCAUGACUUUAGGCCAUCUCAAUGUCGCCCUAGGCGUGAUUCCCCAUCCAACCCCGCACACAAGUGCUGCAGAAUUGACGGUGGAAGACGUCGUGGCGAGCGCGCGAUCCGCUCGUGGCGGCACGAUCCUUCGGGUUCCAAAGGUCGUGGCGAGCAUGCAAACCUGGCACCAGCCCCAGUCGAACCUCGUUAAUUACAUCUUCAAAAGCUCUUUCGAAGGCAAAGUGGACGUAGGAUGGAACUAUUCGCGCAUCGGGUUCAUCCGGAACAUGUGGGACAAUCACUCAAAGACGCUUGCGUCCCGACUUGGAAAGCCUCUUCCGGAGGCUGUCGUAAAGAUUACCACCGAGCCUGACGAAGGGGAUGGCCAACCAACGUCCACUCGUGGUCCACAGGGCAAGAUCACUGCGGUUGUAAACGUUCCGCAGUCUCGAUUCACCUACACGGCGCUUGAACCCCCGGUAAUAGAAACACCACAGCUACGAGAUAUGGGCGAGGCGACACCGCCUUUGGAAUGGAUCGGGUUGCAUAGGGACCGACUGCCCAACGUCACCCAUCAAAUCAUCCUGGUGCCGCUCCUUGAGGUAGCAAAGGAGGUGGAUGCCGCGUAUAAGCGGAUUUUAGGCUCAUCAUGAGAUGGUUCUCCACAGGCUGGGAAGCAAAGCAUGUAACAAUUUACAUCUGUACGAUAAUGACCAACGUAAUAUAGAUCAAACGACUUUAGAGGAACACGGCUCAUGCGG